AUGAUUACCGUCUACGACCUAGGACCUUCCAAAUUUCCAGAACAUGUUGCUUGUUCUCCCCAUACACGAAAGAUAAUUUUUUCGCUCAAUUACAAAAAGCUCCCGUUCAAAGUCUCAAUUAUCGCUUUGGACGAGAUAGAACGGACCGCAAAGUCUAUCGGCGCACCUCCAACCACGUCCAAUCCGGACGGUUCACCCAAAUAUACCGUGCCAUUCAUUCACGACUCUUCCACCGGAAAAUCUAUCUCUGACUCGCUCAUGAUUGCGGAAUACCUAGACAAAGCGUACCCAACGACCCCGAAACUCGUUCCUGAAGGCACUCGGGUUCUACAAGCUGUCUUCGCCGACGCUGUUAACGCAAAGUUCUACGCCCUAACAAGUGUUUUCCUUCCCAAAUUUCCAGAAUGGUUCUCUCCUGAGUUCGUGGCUGCAAUAGAGAAGCGCAUGGGGCCACCCAAGCUGCUCUCACAGGAGGAAACGAAGGAGGUGUGGGCAAAAGGGAAGAAGAGCUUUGACGAGCUCUUGGGCACGUAUGAAAGCGCUGGAGUGGGAAAGUUCGUGAUGGGCGGUGAUAAACCUGUGUUUGCGGAUUUUGCUUUGGCGGCGAUGCUUUCUGGUGUGAAGAUUAUGUUUGGGGAUGAAAGUGAGGAGUGGAAGAAUGUAAGUGGGUGGAUUGGGGGUAGGGUAGGGAAGUUGCUAGAGGAGGUCUUGAAGUAUGAGAGAGUAUAA